AUGAUGCGAGAAGAGAGCAACAACGAGGGGGGAACUAGUCCAACGGCAAGUCCAACCAAAGGUGGUGGUGCUAAUGCUAAUGCUAAUGCUAAUGCUAAUGCUAAUGCUAUUGCUGAUGGAGUCAUGAAGGAUGAUGUCGAAGCAGCCGCCUUCAUUGGUGAUGACAGUGAAAGCAAAGGCAAAACGCCUGGUGGCAGUGGUGAAGAAAUCACAUUGGAAAAGCUCAAGGUUCGAUUUCUGGCAAUGGCCGAAUAUUUGAAGCAAGAGCUUUCCACCAUGGACGCCCAAAAAGCCAAACAUUUGAGUUGGGCGGCCAAAGAAAAGGCAGUCAUCAUGGCCCUUGCCUUCAAGGCUCUCAUGAUUCAGUAUCUGCAAGAACUCAAACAAUUGGACAAGGAAAAGGCGAAGGCACUUGGCCUCAAGUAUCAAGGAAAGGCCAAGGAACUAAGCGCUACCUACGCUGCCAAGACGGUAGAAGUGGCCGGUGUCGCUCGUCGCAAGGCCAUGGAAGUGGCAAAUGAAUUGAAAACCAUUGACAAAACCCAAGCCAAACAACGAAGUAUCGACAUGGUCCGCAAGGGGAAGGUGGUGGUCAAGGACAUGCCACAGGGCACCAAAAUCAAAUAUGGCAUUAUGUUUUUGAUAUUGUUCGUCAUGAUGAGCGGUGUCGGCAGCGGCGGCGGUGGUGGUGGUAGUCAUGAGAACGUAAAACACAAACAUCUCUGUUACAUUCACGAAACGGGAAAUGCCAAGACGGCUGCUUGCGAAAAAAUGUUGACGGGUGUCACGAAAGGAUAUACCAAUUGGAUCUUUAUUGGCAACGAACCCAUCUUUGCCCUCUUUCGACCCUUCCAUGACCACUUUGGAUUGAACGAGGACCAGGUAUUGCAAAAGGCAAGGGGAGAUCGAGGCAAGAGACGAAAAGUCCAAUUCUAUUACCACUACGACCUGCCCGACGAGGAAGAAUGGAAUAAAAAAUAUAAGGAUCAAAAGAAUCCCACCGAAAUUUUCGCUGCGGAAGGCAUCGGACGGUCGGAUUGUGGACAUUGUCCCAUGGUCAAGUUGGAAGGAAAACACAAGGAUGUGGUGGUGGAAAAUCUCUUGGUGGAAACCAGUCGAGAUGUCAGUCAGGUGACCACCGAAACUUCCACGACCCAAGAAACGGUCGCCCGAUACUUGGGCCAGCACUAUGCCAAUCAACAAAAAAAGACGGCGUGCGUGGUCCAACAGGGUACCUACGAAAUGACCAAGGCUCCUUGGAGGACUACUCAAGAAUUCACCGACUUUACCAAGGACUUUCACGACAAGUUGGAACAACAUUGUGGAAUUCUCAUUCGGAUUGGUAAUUUUGGUGGUAGCGACAAAGAACUCAAACAAAAGGUCAAAGACUGGAAUGCGGGUGCCAGGGACGUGACUCUAAAUCGCAGCAAGAAUGGUUACUUUAUCGAUGUCAGUCAAGUGGGAACUCCGUCCAUGGAUGGAUACAUUACGCCAGUCUGGGAAAUGUUCAAGCGACUGUCCAAAGUAUUGGAGAGAUAA